UUAACACACAACAUACAACACAAAAUACACACAGGAGCGGGGCACUUAUGAGACAUGGAAGGCAUUUGUUGCUAAACUAUCCAUCUAUUCAAGGGACAUUGCUAAUGCCACUUCCUGCUACUUCAAGCACCUGAGGGAGCUGUCAACGCAGUGCCACUGACAUUGGAAUAUACACGCAGGGGCUGGAGGCCGAGUCUCUCACAGAUUUCAAGAUUUCCAGCGAUAUGGACCUAUGAUUUCUUUUUUGAUCAAACCCGACAGCUAUGUCAAGAGCGAGUUGGAUUUAUCUGUGUUUCAGUGGCUGGGUGUUGAGGACUUUGAAAUGCAGCUGAUUCAGUUAAAUGACUCAUCAUUAUGGGAGUCCAAGUUCACAGAGCUAUGGAGGCUGCUGGAAACGACUGAGAGGGAUCACAGAGCCUUCAUUCUAACCUGUUGGACAUCGCUGCCAGAUAAGUUCAUCUUUCUGAAGAACAUUGCAUUUGCUUUGAUGACAGCAUUCGGAUCAACCUAUCUCUGUGAGCAGAUAUUUUCCCACAUGAAGUCAGUGCUCGGCCCCUCUCGCAGCUGUCUAACAACGGACCACUCUGAGGCAUGUGUGAUGCUCAAGGUGAUGAGAUACAGGCCACAGAUCUCACAGCUCAGCAGAGAGAAGCAGGGACAAGGAUCACACUAAUCCGGUAAAGAUGCGAUAAACAUGAUAAAAUGACAAUAUAAAUUGAUAUGUGUAAAAAUGCCCUGCAGGGAAAAGCUUGUAGCCUUGGACAGUAAUAACUACAUGUGUGGAUGUUAAGAUGUGUGUAGCCUUCAGAGCUUGAUAAAAUGCAAAGGAUAAAUGUGUAAAAUGAUCAGCAGGGAAACCCUUUAACAGGAAUCACACUAAACCUGGUUAAGAUGUGUGUACAGUGCAUAUUAGAAUGCAAAGGUGAAAUGUGUAAAAAUGUUGAAAAAAAUUGAUAACAGGAAACUGAUGUAUGGCAUGCGGGUCAUAAUUUUUUUUAUAUAAAUCAGAAACUGGCACGCAUCAUUGAAAAGGUUGCCGACACCUGUUGUACAGGUUAGAUGGAUAAAUUCCACUGGUAUUACAAACUUAAUAAAAGAAAGUCUGUCCCUUCGAUAAUAAAGCCACCCCUGCUAUAGGCCAUAUUUUGUUGGCCCCUUGAAUGGCCUUUACUUUAUUUAAAUAUAUCCUUUAUUUUUUUAUUUUUAUUUUUUUUUCACCAGCAGUUGCUAAAGAGAAUCCUAUGUGCUGUCAUGGACAGAGUGAAGAUGGAAUCUGUCCAGAUUAAAGAGGAGUUCCCUGAACUUGAACUUCUCCCCUUCAAACCAGACAUCCCUGAGCUGGAGCCUGUACGCCUGCAGGAGUGUAGUGUGGUGCUGGAGAGAAUCUGCGUGAGAGAGCAAGGUGCUGGAGAGGAAGGCUCUCCCAACAGCACAGAAGGAGGUGGAAAGGAAGAUAGGCAGUCCCAUUCAAAAUGCAGUCAAGGAUCCAGCCCAGCAGCAAAAGCGAGGGCGGGCAAUGGAGAAUAUCCUGAUAGUUUGAAAAGUUUCACCCAGUUAGGGCAUUUUAAAAUACACCAGCGAGUUUACAAAAAAGAGAAACGAUAUCACUGCUCUGACUGUGGGAAGAGUUUCAGUCACUCAGGAAACAUGAAAAAACACCAGCAACUUCACACAGGAGAGAAACCAUUUCACUGCUCUGACUGUGGAAAAAGUUUCAGUCUGUCAGGCAGCCUUGUUUCACACCAGCGAACUCACACAGGAGAGAGACCAUAUCUCUGCUCUGACUGUGGGAAGAGUUUCAGUCAGUCCGGAAACUUGAAAAAACACCAGCAAAUUCACAGAGGAGAGAAACCGUAUCACUGCUCUGUCUGUGGGAAGAGUUUCAGUCACUCGGGAAAUGUGAAAGCACACCAGGUAAUUCACACAGGAGAGAAACCAUAUCGCUGCUCAGAUUGUGGGAAGAGUUUCAGUCGGUCAAACAGCCUUACUUCACAUCAGCGAAUUCACAGAGGAGAGAAACCUUAUUGCUGCUGUAACUGUGGGAAGAGAUUCAGUCGGUCAGGAAGUCUUGUUUUACACCAGCAAAUUCACAAAGGAGAAAAACCGUAUUGCUGCUCUGACUGUGGGAAGAGUUUCAGUCAGUCUGGAAACCUGAAAAAACACCAGCGAAUUCACACAGGAGAGAAACCAUAUCGUUGCUCUGACUGUGGGAAGAGUUUUCGUUUUAAACACAACCUUAAAUACCACCAGCGAAUUCAUAGCGGAGAGAAACCUUAAAGACCUUGUUCAAUGGGACUUUUCACACCUGAGGAAAAAAAAAUGUAAUCCUUGCAUUAUGGAUCCCUGUGUAAUUACUGUUCUGUGUAUUACUCUUAAGAGCAUGCAUUUCAAAUGGUAAAAAUUGCACUCCAAUUCUCUUGCACUCUGAUUUUGUCAAAGUGGGCAGUGAUGCAAGACACGUCACAGAGGCUUCUCUGGUGUCUGUUUAACUCGGGCUGUCAGUGCAGUCAGUAACUUGGUGUGGGGAAAUUAUUUUCAUGGGUUUAGCAUUUAAAGUUCAUUAAUUUGAAAAUAAAUAACUUUAUGGGAACAAGUAUCCUGACCCCAGUAUGUAGCAUCCCAGAGACAAGACUGCACCGUCCUUACUGGGCAACCAACUGGAGGAUUUGUCUUGUAAAUUAAUCACAAUUCUACAACUAAUGAAAAAUGAUAGUGUGAUAUCAUUGCUGUAUUAUGACAUACAUGACUAAAUAUUGCGCCACAUGUAACUUUGUGCAUUGUCCAUGCUUGUAUUUGUGCCUGCAUUUGUAAACUGCCCCGGAUAAUAGCAGUGUAGCAAACGUGUACAUAUCUUAAGUACAAAAAAAAAAAUUGUGUAAUCUGAGCUCUAAUGAGACUUGACUGUACAAUUAAAUCUGGUGUGUGGUGAUUUUAAUGUACGAUUUAAAUAAAUAUACACCAAAAUGCUAAGCUGUGCUAAAAACAAUGCCUAUGUCUAAAUUGUAUUGAAAUGAGCAGCAUGUAUUUUUUUUUAAAGCUUGUUGAGUACUUGCACUGUGCCUCUCUGAGUCGUUCUCAGUGCUGUCUGUCAGUGCUGGAGACUUCAUCAUGUUGUGAUGUAGCACCCGGGCAGACUGCAGCCAGAGG